UCUGAAUCUGCACCGCUGCCUGCCAGCGCAUCCCUCUUUAUCCCCCUCCCGGCCACCCGUGUGCCCCCGCGUCCCCGGCCUCCUGCCUCCCUCCUUCUCGCGUCCCAUAGACUACCCUACGCGCCGCUUACCCUAGUCCCUAGACAGCCUAGAGACGCGUCCGUGCACUUCGCAUCCCGGUCCUGCACGGUUAUACCCAGCCAUACGCGACCUACCCCAUAUUGACUGACGCCUGCCCCGCACCGGCUUUCACUUACCCCAAACACCGACACCCAUCAUCCUAUUGACCGCACGCAAUUUGUGCUGCCAGCAUGUUCCCCCUGGACCUUCCACGUGUGUUCCCGCGCGUACACUGCGACUCGGACGAGGCUGCUUCCGCGACCGCGAGCCCGACCUCGAAGGCGGUCAGCGCGCUCAAGAGCGUGAAGAACGUCAUGAGCGGGGUGUUUGACUCGCACGCGACGACGGCGGCGGACGGGCAGCACUAUUUGAGCAAAGAGCAGUUCGUGAACGCGAUCGCGCCAGCGCGCGACCUGUCCAAGAUGGGCCGCGCCCAGUUCGCGAUCCUCUUCCGCGUGGCGGACACGCACAAGCAGGGGCGUGUCUCGUGGGAGGACUUUGUCGUGUUCGAGACGCUGCUCAAGCGGUCGGAUGCGGACUACUGGAUCGCGUUCCAGUAUUUCGAUGUUGACGACUCCGGCACUAUCACGUAUGAGGAGUUCAAGAACGUCUUCAACGAAAACGUGGGUCCGGAAGCCAUACCCUUUGACUUUGCUUGUGAUUGGGUCAAACUCUAUCUUGGAACAAAAAAUGGACAACAUGUCCUUGGAUACAAUGAGUUCACGCAACUCAUGAAGGGUCUGCAAGGCGAGCGGUUGCGACAAGCAUUCAAAUACAUGGACAAGGACCAGGAUGGCUUCAUCAGACCGGACGAGUUCAAGCGGAUUAUCUUGGAAAUUGCUGGGCACAAACUCUCGGACGCUGUAAUUGAGAGGUUGCCGUCGUUGACGACGGUCAACCACCCCAGUGGUCGAAUAUCUUACUCGGAAGUAGUAGCGUUCCACAACAUCGUCAGAGCUGAUGGUGGAUCGGUACCGUACAGCGUAAUCCGCGAGGCGAUCGCCAAGUCCAAGGACGGGCGCAUCGACCAGAACGAUUUCUUGAACUACUGCGAGACAAGCACGCGAUACUCGCUCUUCACACCCAUGGAGGCGUCGAUCAUCUUCCACUUCGCGGGCCGGGGUGAAAUGAGCCAACGGUUGUCGCUCUAUGACUUCGGGCAGCUGCUUGACCCGCGGUGGAAGGCACCCUUGGAUGUUUCGGAGAAGCCUGUGAUCACUGCGAAGUCGGUCCUCCACGAGAUCGCGCAUUCGGCGUACAACUUCGUCUUGGGAGGCAUCGCGGGCUCGCUCGGUGCUACCAUGGUGUAUCCGAUUGAUCUUGGUGAGAUGCAAAACCAGCGAAGUACCGUUGUCGGACAGAUGCUCUACAAGAACAGUCUCGACUGUGUGCAGAAGGUCUUUCGGAACGAGGGCUUCCGAGGCUUCUACCGCGGCCUCGGGCCCCAACUCAUCGGCGUUGCGCCGGAGAAGGCCAUCAAGCUGACCGUCAAUGACUUCAUUCGUGCACGCGCAAUGGACCCAGAGACAGGCAGGAUCAAGCUAUUCUGGGAACUCGUCGCUGGUGGGACAGCGGGUGGUUGUCAAGUUAUUUUUACGAACCCGUUGGAGAUCGUGAAGAUUCGUCUGCAGAUGCAGGGCGAAGCCGCGAAGCUCGAGGGAGCCCUCCCAAAGGGCGCCGGACACAUCAUCCGCCAGCUAGGUUUGUUCGGCCUGUACAAGGGCGCGAGCGCAUGCCUACUCCGCGACAUCCCGUUCUCUGCGAUCUACUUCCCGGCGUACUCACACCUGAAGAAGGACGUGUUCCGCGAAGGAUAUAAUGGGAAGAAACUGUCGUUCCUGGAGACGCUGGCCUCGGCCGCGAUUGCGGGUAUGCCUGCGGCAUACUUUACGACACCUGCAGAUGUGGUCAAGACGAGAUUGCAGGUCGAGGCCCGCACCGGCCAGACACAUUACAAGGGCAUGGCGGACGCGUUCGUGAGAAUAUACCAGGAAGAAGGCUUCAAGGCGUUGUUCAAGGGAGGGCCUGCCCGAGUCGUUCGAAGCAGUCCUCAGUUUGGGUUCACGCUGGUUGCGUACGAGUACCUGCACAAGUACCCGUUCAAUGGCAACGCGGAGGGCAGGGGCGUGGAGACGGCUCUUACUACGAGCAGUCCGGAGGACCUGUCGAAGAUUCGCGCGCGAAAUGCGCUCAAGAUUCUGCUGGACGUGCACGGGGAGUUUGGGCGACGGACGGGAUGAUGCUUGGUGGCGCUGCUGGUUGGCUGGAGGAUCGCUUGCUAGGUAGAUGUAGUCGUCGAGCGGUGAUUGGACGGCAAUGGGAUGAGUUACUUAUCACGGA